GGGACUGUUGUUCUGUCGCGGCGCGACCGCCUCAGUCAGCUCGCUCCAAGACCCGGACCUGGUCCUCUGGGGAGCUGGCGGCCAUAUCCCCCCUUUCUCCCGGUUCCCUAAAGCUGCGGCAGGAGCUGGCGCAAAUACCCAGCGGUUGGUCUCUGAUGCCCUUCGGUGAGGAGGGGACGUCUGGACCCUGGUGAACGCUCCCCAGACCCCACUAACUCGGUGUUUUCGCUGGACCCCCGGCCUGCACACCGCAGUCUGCCUGCCAUGGCUGAAAACGCAGAGGGGGACCUGAACUCCAACCUGCUCCACACCGCCUACCACACCGGGGACCCUCAGCUAGACACGGCCAUCGGGCAGUGGCUCCGCUGGGAUAAGAAUCCCAAAACAAAAGAGCAGAUUGAAAAUCUGUUACGAAAUGGGAUGAACAAGGAGCUGCGUGAUCGUCUUUGUUGCCGAAUGACUUUUGGGACUGCAGGACUUCGUUCUGCCAUGGGGGCAGGGUUUUGCUAUAUUAAUGACCUUACAGUAAUACAGUCAACACAGGGGAUGUACAAAUACCUUGAGAGAUGUUUCUCAGACUUCAAGCAGAGAGGCUUUGUCGUUGGGUACGACACUCGGGGUCAAGUAACUAGCAGCUGCAGCAGCCAGAGGCUUGCUAAACUCACUGCUGCAGUCUUGCUGGCCAAAGAUGUUCCUGUGUAUCUUUUUUCAAGAUAUGUUCCUACACCUUUUGUACCGUAUGCAGUCCAGGAGCUCAAUGCAGUUGCAGGUGUGAUGAUUACUGCAUCUCACAACCGCAAGGAAGACAAUGGAUACAAGGUUUAUUGGGAAACUGGUACUCAGAUCACAUCUCCUCAUGAUAAAGAAAUUCUGAAAUGUAUAGAAGAAUGUGUGGAACCCUGGAAUGGUUCCUGGAAUGAUAAUUUAGUGGAUACCAGCCCACUGAAGAGAGAUCCUCUGCAAGACAUUUGCAGGAGAUACAUGGAAGAUCUGAAAAAAAUCUGUUUUCACAGGGAGUUAAACUCAAAAACCACCUUGAAAUUUGUGCACACAUCUUUUCAUGGGGUCGGACAUGACUAUGUGCAGUUGGCUUUUCAAAUGUUUGGUUUUAAGCCUCCAAUUCCAGUACCAGAACAAAAAGAUCCUGAUCCAGACUUCUCUACUGUUAAAUGCCCAAAUCCUGAAGAAGGAGAAUCCGUGCUGGAACUUUCUCUGAGACUGGCAGAGAGAGAAAAUGCCCGAAUAGUGCUAGCCACAGAUCCUGAUGCAGACCGACUGGCAGUGGCAGAACUUCAGGAGAAUGAUCGUUGGAAAGUUUUCACAGGGAAUGAGCUGGCAGCUUUGUUUGGGUGGUGGAUGUUUGAUUGCUGGAAGAAAAAUAAAUCAAGAAAUACUGAUGUGAAGAAUGUUUACAUGUUAGCCACCACAGUCUCUUCUAAAAUUUUGAAAGCAAUUGCACUUAAAGAAGGAUUUCAUUUUGAAGAAACAUUACCAGGUUUUAAAUGGAUUGGAAGUAGGAUAAAAGACCUCCUGGAAAAUGGGAAAGAAGUCCUUUUUGCAUUUGAAGAGUCUAUUGGUUUUCUGUGUGGAACUUCAGUUUUGGAUAAAGAUGGGGUGAGUGCAGCCGUUGUUGUUGCCGAGAUGGCAUCUUACCUGGAAGCCAUGAAUGUAACAUUGAAACAGCAACUAAUUAAGGUUUAUGAAAAAUAUGGUUAUCAUAUUUCAAAAACUUCAUAUUUCUUAUGUUAUGAUCCACCUACCAUCAAAAGUAUAUUUGAAAGGCUUCGUAAUUUUGAUUCUCCGAAAGAAUAUCCAAAAUUUUGUGAGACAUUUGCUAUACUGCAUGUACGGGACAUUACCACGGGAUAUGACAGCAGUCAGCCUAAUAAGAAAUCAGUGCUGCCUGUGAGUAAAAAUAGCCAAAUGAUUACAUUUACUUUUCAAAAUGGCUGUGUUGCUACUCUUCGGACAAGUGGGACGGAACCAAAGAUAAAGUAUUAUGCAGAGAUGUGUGCAUCACCUGACCAGAGUGACAUUGCCUUACUGGAAGAAGAACUGAAGAAACUCAUUGAAGCUCUGAUUGAGAAUUUUCUUGAGCCCAGUAAGAAUGGACUGACCUGGCGUUCUGUUUAGGGGUACACCAGUGGGUCACGACUUUGUACUGGCAUAUGGAACAGAACAACCAAGAACUCCACGCAUUGAACCUUGUGUUAGUAUUCUCUAUCUCAUCUGGCCAAGUAUCUUUUGCCUUUUAUUUUCUUUGUUUUUUGUCCACUGACUAAACAAACUGUAUAAAUUUAAAAUGAAGUGGUCUGGAGGGAAAUGAUUGAGUUUUUUUCAUAAUCGUGAACAAAAGUUAGUACAUUAAAAAUAUUAGAGUCACGUGUUGUUCUUCCUUUAACAGAAACAUAACAAUACAAAAGGAAGUUUUCUUAUUAAAGUGUGAUUAAGCCUAGUUCCAUAUAUUGUAAUUGUGUAUAGCAUGGUAAAAGAAAAA